GCGGCGAAUAUAGACGUUCAGUGAUGUGCUGCUUCAAAGUGCAGAUAAUAUUACUGAAAAUAAAAUAGAUUUCGGAAUGCCAGGGAAGUUUUACCCAAACAUAUUUCUUUCUUUUCUAACUUAAAAGUACGAGCAUGUAGUUUUAUAGCAGUUAUUCACAUCUUUUAGCUCUGUUCUUGUCUAGUUUUUUGCAUGCUAAGCGUUUGCUUUUAUUGACUUGCACAGUAAUUGUCUACACACUAAAGCUCUUCAGUAAAGGUAACGUUAGCUGUGCUCAUAAACCUUCAGUUUAAUUCGUUGUAUGAUGGAGAUCGCGUAUGUUUGCGAGUGGGAGAAGAGACCCAAGAGCAACCACUGUCCGUCAAUCCCUCUGGUGUGCGCCUGGUCAUGUAGAAACCUGAUCGCCUUCACCACUGACCUGAAGAAUGAGGAGGAUGACAAAGGUCUGGACAAUGCCUUUAUUACCAAUAUUACCAGACCUGUUGAUUUGAGUCAUAUGAUACACAUCAUUGACACUGAUCACCCCUGGGAUGUGUAUUCCAUCAACUCCGGUCACACCGAGGUCAUUUCCUGCUUGGAAUGGGACCAGUCAGGUUCGAGGCUGUUGUCCGCAGAUGGUGAUGGUCAGAUCAAGUGUUGGGGAAUGGCAGAGCACCUGGUGAACAGCUGGGAGUGCACACAGAGCAGCUCAGUGGACGGAGACCCGAUCGUAGCCCUCUCGUGGUUACACAACGGAGUUAAACUCGCCCUGCAUGUUGAAAAGUCUGGCUCUACGAACUUUGGAGAGAAGUUUUCCCGGGUGAAGUUCUCUCCCUCUCUCACGUUGUUUGGCGGGAAGCCCAUGGAGGGCUGGUUAGCAGUGACGGUGAGUGGUCUGGUGACCGUGUCACUGCUCAAGCCAAACGGGACUCUGCUGACGGCCAGCGAGAGCCUGUGCAGGCUGAGAGGCCGUGUGGCGCUGGCUGACAUCGCCUUCACGGGCGGCGGGAACAUAGUAGUGGCGGCCACCGAUGGCAGCAGCUCUUCUCCGGUGCAGUUCUAUAAAGUGUGCGUGAGCGUGGUGAACGAAAAGUGCCGCAUCGACACCGAGCUCUUGCCCUCGCUGUUCAUGCGCUGCACCACCGACCCGGUCCGGAGGGACAAAUAUCCUGCAGUCACACACCUUAAAUUCCUCACACGUGAAAACUCAGAACAGGUGCUUCUCUGUGCAUCCAGUCAGAUGGCCAGCAUUGUAGAGUGCUGGUCUUUGCGAAAGGAGGGUCUCCCAGUUAAUAAUAUCUUCCAACAUCGAUCACCUGUGGUGGGUGAAAAGCAGCCAAUGAUUCUGAAGUGGCGUAUCCUCUCGGCGACCAAUGACCUGGACCGUGUGUCUGCUGUUGCUCUGCCUAAACUUCCCAUCUCCAUCUCGAACACUGAUCUCAAAGUCGCCUCAGAUACCAAGUUCUUCCCAGGCCUCGGUCUUGCUCUUGCAUUCCACGAUGGCAGCAUCCAGAUUCUCCAUCGCCUUUCUCUGCACACCAUGGGAGUCUUCUACGGUUCGUCUGGUUCCUCCCAGCGUGUCGGAGAAGAACCUGCCAUUAAACGUCAGAGAGCCGGCGGCCCGACGCUGCACUUCAAAGCCCUUCAGUUCUCCUGGACAUCUCUGGCUCUGGUGGGAGUGGACAAUCACGGCAAGUUGCACAUGCUCCGAGUGUCUCCAUCCAUGGGGCAAAUGUUGGACAUUAACACAUCCCUCCGGCACCUGCUGUUCCUCCUGGAGUACUGCAUGGUGACGGGAUACGACUGGUGGGACGUCCUGCUGCAUGCUCAGCCCAGCAUGGUGCAUAACCUUCUGGAGAAGCUUCACGAGGAGUACAUGAGACAAAACCAAGCACUCCAGCAGGUUUUGUCUACCCGUAUUGUAGCAGUGAAGGCAUCUCUGUGUAAACUGUCAUCAGCCACUGCAGCAAGAGCCUGUGAUUUCCAUGCUAAACUGCUCCUCAUCGCCAUCAGCUCCACGCUGAAGUCUUUACUAAGACCUCAUGUGCUCAACACCCCCGACAAGAGUCCUGGAGACCGACUCUCUGAGAUCUGUGCCAAAAACACUGACACUGACAUUGAUAAGGUGAUGAUCAACCUGAAGACGGAGGAGUUUGUUUUGGAUGGUCCGCCCCUUCAGUCCCUCCAGCAGCUCAUUCAGUGGGUGGGAGACUUUGUUCUUUAUCUGCUGGCAAACUUGCCCAACCAGGGCUCCAUUGUGCGUCCAGGGUUUGGGUUCCUGCGGGACGGUGCGUCUCUGGGCAUGCUCAGAGAGAUGCUGGUGAUGAUCCGUAUUUGGGGCCUGCUGAAACCAGGCUGUUUGCCCAUCUACACGGCCACAUCUGACAACCAGGACAGCAUGUUUCUGCUCUUCCGUCUACUCACCAAACUCUGGCUCUGCUCUCGAGAUGAGAGUCACCCGCAGGACCCGGAUGAGACGUUGAUUGAUGAGUGCUGUCUGCUGCCCAGUCAGCUCCUGGUACCCAGCAUGGACUGGCUGCCCAUCAACGAUGGCGUCAUCACUAAGAUCCAGAGCAAACACCCGCUCAGACUGCAGUUCGGCAAACCGUACACACUGCCUGGAGUCAACCCCAAUGCACAGGUGGAGGUGUUCAGAAGUCCAGCAUCUCAGAGGAUGGACCACCUGCGAUGUUUACAUCUGGGCAUCUCUCCAACAGAGGACAGCAAAGCCUGCACAAGGUGUGGCUGUGUCACCAUGCUGAGAUCCCCAAAUAAAACCAACGCCAUGAGACAGUGGGAGCAGCGCUGGAUCAAGAACUGUCUGUGUGGAGGUCUCUGGAGAAGAAUCCCCUCCACACUAACAUAAGGACCAGAAUGCAUGAAAUGCAUGGAUCUCUUAUUGUGAACAACGUAUAGAUCUAAACAACAAAGCAACCUUUAUUUUCAUAGAAACAUGUCCUGCAAGCCUGUUUUCUCUCAGCCACAGAGUGAAUGUCUUAUUUUUUUCCUAUUGUAAAUAUAAACCGUGCAUUUUGUUUUGUAAUGCUGUAGUAC